AAUAAGCAUACAGUAAAAUAACACGGUCUAGCUAACGGUGACGACCUUUCUCUAAACUAGCCCCUUCGCUCCCAGGGAUGUCACAUGACUGUACCGCGUAUCACGCUGGUCGACCAGGAAAUACGUAAUGUCAGCUAGAUAAUCCUUUCUCUCAGGGUCCAGCUGACACGGACUAUCAAAAUGGUGUCACUAAUUUGCACGAUCAGAGACCACAGAGAUGACAUAAACUGGUGUGCAUUCUCUCCUAAACUGUUGGCUACGUGCUCCUCUGACAAGACCAUCCGCGUCUAUUUUACACAGGACUUCUCUGAGCUUGCAUUCUCGCCACUUACUGGACACGGAUAUGGGGUCCAUUGCUGUUGCUUUAGUCCCUGUGGCAAGUUCUUGGCAUCUUGCUCAACAGACGCCACAACAGUUGUCUGGAGUAUGGACACCGGUGAUUUAGUGACAGUGUUUGAGCACCCAGGGCGAAGCCCCGUCAGGGUGUGCGUUUUCUCCCCUGAUUCUUCUUUGAUCUCAGGUGCGUCUGAUGGGACUCUCGCCCUGUGGGACUUGCCUUCAAAAACGUUGCGCAGGACUGGUGCAAGUAACGAAGCCUCGAUUGUAGCAUGUUCCUUCACUCCAUGCGGUCAGAUGUUUGCAACGGGAUCAACCUAUGGCGACAUUAGGGUCUGGGAUCUAGAACUGAAUCCUCUUCACACUGUGAAGAAUGCCCAUGAUCUAGGGGUCACCUGCUGUCAAUUUGCACCCAAGCUCCAGAAUGACGGGUGUUUGUCGCGGCUUCGACUGGCCUCCUGUGGGCAGGACAGCCAGCUGAAGAUCUGGAUGCUCUCUCGGCAAGCCGCAGCAGGUUGCAAGCUGCAGCUGCUGCACACGCUGGUGGGGCAGACUGCGCCCGUGCUCUCCUGCGCCUUCUCCGCUGACGCGCAGCUGCUGGUCUCGGGUUCAGUGGAUAAAACUAUCACAGUGUAUGGUGCUGACCAAGGUGUUUUGCUGUAUAGAUUACACCAGCAUGAAAGAUAUGUGACAGCCUGUGCCUUUUCAGCAACCGCACCUUGCCUUAUAGCCACAGGAUCCAUGGACAAGACCGUGAACAUCUGGCGGGUGGAGGAUGGGAUUGACCGAGAUGAAGGGAAGUCCCCGCCGGCUGAAAGCAGUAUAGCCACAUGUGAAGACAGGAAGCUGCCGGGUCACACGAGGCUGCUGGUGUGCGACUGGUCGGAGGAGGACGUCUCGGCUUGGCUGUGCGCCGAGGGGCUGGAGGCGCUGGUCGGCGCGUUCAAGGCCAACAACAUCGACGGAGGGGAGCUCGUCUCCCUCACCAAGGACACCCUGGCUUCUGAGAUGAAUAUAGAUUCGAUAGGCCUUCGAAACAAAGUGAUGCGGAAGAUUGAGGAGCUGAAGAUGUCGUUGGUUUGCACAGGUGUCCCAGAUGAGUUCUUAUGCCCCAUCACCAGAGAGGUUAUGAAAGACCCCGUCAUAGCAGCUGAUGGCUUUUCCUAUGAGAGAGAAGCAAUUGAAAGCUGGAUCAACAGCAAGAAUCGCUCCAGUCCCAUGACAAACUUGCCAUUACAGACAACUGUGGUCACUCCAAACAGAACCUUGAAGAUGGCUAUUGGUCGCUGGAAGAGCAGCCAGUGAUUAGCAGCAUUUUUCCCUCUGGUCUCUCAGAAUAUUUUCCAAUAUUUGAGAACAGGAAGAUUUCUUUUAUAGCCAAUCUCUUAUAGCCAAUAGCCAACCUCUUGGUCAAAUGUAUAUUCUGAUCUAUCUAUAUGAGUUUAGAGCCAUAGUAUGCAUAAAUGUUUAUCUCAUGUAGGUGUAUAUUCCUGGAUGUGUAGUUCACCUUGUAGAUAACCUGUCGUGUUUUUUACUUUAUUUUUUACAAAACCUCUACUUUAAUUGUAAACACUCUCUUAUUUGUAUCUAUCUAUUUCAGAAGUCUUAAGAGUUCUGACUGCUCCAUCUUUGUACUGUUCCUGAAAUUAGAUGCUGAUGGGAAUAUAACCUAUGUAGAUGCUUAUUUGAUUUUUAGCCUGUUGUCCGAAUAUAACCGAUGAUUUAAUUUUGGGCUGCUACCACCUGAUGUGAUAGGAAGACAGUUCUGUAAAUGUGAAAUUUUGUCUUUAUUGAAAAAAAAACAUUUUGGGCCACGUUUAAUUCAUAUUUAUUUGAAAGAAUACCAUGUUGCCUUCACACAACAAGUUGAAAAUUAGUGGCCCUAAAUAGUAAUAAUAAUCAUUGAAAUGAUGUUCUGAAUAUGCAUGUAUGACUGCUUUAAUAGUUUUGGACUGGGCUAAAUUCAUAUUCAUAAAGAAUCAAUCCCUAUCUUCACAAGUUAGUUUAAAAAAUUGUGCCCCAAGAUUCAGCCCUCAAAAAUAGCGAUGAACCCUAUGAAUAAGGAAGUGAAAUCGGGCUCAUUGAUUUAAUUGUAAUGAUUGCGUUUCUAGCCGUUUAUCCAGGCUUUGGUCAUGCGACGCUGGAAAGUCCUGGAAAUAAUGUUUCCUCCUUUUCAUGAAAGAUGUUUUGCUAAUGUAUGCCAUUCUGUGCCAGCACUCUUCUUGUUAGCAAACCCAUAAAUUUAAUUUCCAAACCAUGCAAUUUUAGACUACUUUGGAGUGUUUUGCUAAAGACCAUAAUGGCCAUCAUUCCUGAACAGAAUACACUGUGUCUUAUUUAUGAAACUAAUAUUGCUGUUUUAUAUGUCUGUGUCUGCUAUCCUGCUAUGUGAGGAAGAUAUGUGCUGUCAGGCUGCUGUAUCACUCUACCAUCAUGGGGCGUUACCAAAUAAUAUACCAGCAUGUGUUUUCCCAAUAUGUCAGUCAUGUCAAUUGAAUUUUUAUUUUAUUUUGGAGGUUGAUCCAUUGUGACAACUUCCAUACUACACUAUAAAAAUAUUUUUAAUCAUGA